ACCGAAACGGUGAGAUGCACAAAGCUUCUCCAAAUCACGUGUACGCGCUUGGCAUUACCCCUCCAAACAAAAAAAAAUCGAAGCCCCACUAGACUCACAGAGCCAUUCUUUUCCUGCUCCGCUCUCAAACCCACCAUUCACUCUCUACUUCGUUCCAAAGCAUACCGAUUCGCACCGUCGAUAGCAUCUCUUCUACGACCCUCUAUACACACGCGCACUAUCAAAAUGAGCACCGAAAUCGUUCACCCCACCAUCCAGGAUGGUUGGUUCCGUGAGAUCUCCGACAUGUGGCCUGGUCAGGCUAUGGCUCUGCGGGUCAAGAAGGUCCUCCACCACGAGAAGUCCAAGUACCAGGAUGUCUUGAUCUUCGAGAGCACCGACUACGGCAACGUUCUCGUCCUUGACAACGUCAUCCAGUGCACUGAGCGUGAUGAGUUUGCUUACCAGGAGAUGAUCACCCACCUUGCCCUCAACUCUCACCCCAACCCCAAGAAGGUGCUGGUCAUCGGUGGUGGUGACGGCGGUGUCCUCCGUGAGGUUGUCAAGCACGAGUGUGUUGAGGAGGCUAUCCUCUGCGACAUUGACGAGGCUGUCAUCCGUCUGUCUAAGCAGUACCUUCCCCACAUGGCUGCCGGUUUCGACAGCCCCAAGGCCACUGUCCACGUCGGCGACGGUUUCAAGUUCCUCGAGGACUACAAGAACGAGUUCGAUGUGAUCAUCACUGAUUCCUCUGACCCCGAGGGACCUGCCGAGGCCCUUUUCCAGAAGGCUUACUUCGAGCUAUUGCACGGUGCUCUUAAGGAGGGCGGUGUUAUCUCCACACAAGGUUCCGAGAACCAAUGGCUCCACCUCAAGCUCAUCACCGAGCUCAAGAAGUCGUGCCGCGAGGUCUUCCCCGUCGCCGAGUACGCCUACACCACCAUCCCCACCUACCCCUCGGGCCAGAUCGGAUUCAUGGUGUGCACCAAGGACGGCUCCCGCGACGUCAGCAAGCCCCUCCGUACUCUCCCCGUCGAGGAGGAGAACAAGCGCUACCGGUACUACAACAGCCGUAUCCACGAGGCGUCCUUUGUUCUGCCGACCUUCGCCAAGUUGGCUUUGCAAUAGAUGGAGAACCCCUACCCAUGGGGUGUUUUGGGAGAUCAGGUAAAAGGUUCGGGUUGUUAGAUAAAAGUACAAUGGGAUUUGGUUGGGAUACACCCUUGGGCGCGAGUGAUGUAAAAGCAGACGUGCGUAACGUGAUGCGCUUGGUGGACCUCCAGCCCAGUUGAUGAGCGACUGAUGGCCAGAUG